ACUAAACUCUUGCCUUGCCGGUGAUACUUGCAUCUUUGUUACAUGGCAAUAGCAUCUAACUUACCGAGAAUUUACCGAGUUGCAGCGGGGUAGCUUCAAGCCCCUCCAGUGGUUGUGACGUCCUUUGCCAGUAGCUGAAGUAUGAGCUGUUUGGUGAAUCUCGUAAGACGGAAAUAAUAUCUGCGGAUCCUAUUUUCCACGCAUUUGUUUAUAUCUAGAUCUAAGAAGAGCCAUCAAGGUCCACGUCUCCAUUCAAUCCAACCUUAUUAAAUAUUUACCUGCUAGUCAAUUGACAUUAAAAUGGCCGCCUGCAUCUUCUGUAGGAUUAUUAAGGGAGAGAUCCCUUGCUUCAAGCUCUUCGAGAGUGACAAGACACUCGCCUUCCUCGACAUUAACCCUCUAAGCCAGGGCCAUGCUCUCGUCAUCCCCAAGUUCCACGGUGCUAAGCUAACCGACAUCCCCGAUGACGCUCUGGGUGAGAUCCUACCCGUAGCCAAGCGUCUUGCUACUGCAACUGGCGCCGUAAACUACAACAUUCUACAAAACAACGGCCGUCUAGCCCACCAGGAGGUCGACCAUGUUCACUUCCACAUGAUCCCCAAGCCGAACGAAGCGCAAGGCCUUGGAAUAGGUUGGCCGCAGCAGAAGACGGAUAUGGAUGCGUUGAAGGCUCUUUUCGAGGAUAUCAAGUCCAAGAUGUGAACGAAAUGCUAGAAACCUUUACCUCAAGAACUAAGGUGAUAGAUACUUAAGUUUCACAAUGAGACCAUUAUCCAAUAUGAAGAAAAUAUGAGAUCCCGGUC